AGACUCGUCCCGGCGCCCGGCGCUUCGAUUUGAUUUCGUCCCGUACGGUCGCUUACCGUCCCGACGGCCUUCAGAUUGCAAUUGUAGAUGCGCGAGGAGGAGGAGGAGGAGGAGGCAGAGGAGGCAAGGCAAUGGGGACAGUGCUGCAGCAUUCCAUCGCUGGUCCUGCAGGCUUCGUGUCCCGGCGUUGGCUCUCGGGAUCGCGCCUCGGUUCUCAGAGCUUCAUCCUCGCAGCCCACGCCCAACCCAACCAACAGUCUUCGGAUGGAGCCUGCAGCACUUCGCUUCCGCUUCUGAGCAUUCCGCCAGGGCUGAGACGAAAUCGAGAAGCAAUUCAUCUGAGUACGGUUCAUGCCGAAACAGCUUCUUGUGCAUCGGCACGUAAUGCUAGAGGACGAAGGCAGAGGUCUCUUGUGCCUGUCGCGUCUCUGAGAGAUGAAGCUGAAACCUCUGGCAUUUCACAUGUUGAAACGGCAACCUUUGUGGGGAGGGAGGAAGGGAAUGUAGACCUUAGAACGAACUUGGUCUUGGGACCGAAAUCAACUUUUGCAGUUGGAGCAGGUCGAAGCAAGGCCAAGAAAGGUGCAGGUUCAGGUGGAAGGAUUGAACGACGGCCUCCUCCCCCUCAAAAGGUUCCAAGGAAGAAGUCGGGUUCUCUGGAUCCAGAUGAUACGGCAAGCAGCAAGAAGAAAGACACCGUCAAGGGAGGUGGAUCAGUGGAGUCUAAGCAGUCCGAUGCUAAAGCUGGAAAAGCAAGCCCGAUAGAGUACGAUGAUGACAUGUCGUGGCUUCUGGACGACAUGCCCAAAUCUGCAGGUGACAAGAAGAACACCAAACUCGUUGGAGGGUGGGGACGAGACAAGUCCAUGCAGAGAGAGGUUCCUGCGGGAAGUGAUCAAAGAAUCCGAGGAGCAAGAGGUGGCAAAAGCAGGACUUCCAGUACAGGCAAAAAGAAGACACCAGCUCAAGGAACAAUUCCAGAAGACGAUCCUUCCGUCAGAUAUCCUGAUGAGCAUUACAUUGACGGACCUUAUGGUCCUUACGCGUGGAGAGGAGUGACCAUUGGCAAACCGAUUGAAGGAAACCUGACAACCACUCAAGUUGUCUUCUUCUCUAACGUUGCUGACGAUGAAGAGGACCAGGAUCGAGAGCGGUACAAUUGUACUGUGGACUACACGGACCAGGUGGACAGAUUAAAUGAGGACAUAGGAGUCCUGUAUUACUAUGUAUUUGCCAGGAGCAAGUAUGGGCCCAGACAGGAACCUUGGAGAGAUUGGACGCUGGCAGCGCAGGUAGCAGUUGAGUCGGGGGAGGAGCUUGAACAGCGAGAACUUUUCAGCAGGCUUGACAGCAGCAGUCAAGAAACCUUACUCAAGUGCGUGGCAUGGGUCCGUCCGGAUCUCAUAUACGUCAGGAAGCCUAGGCUGCAGUUGAGGUUGGAACCACAAGAGAAAUUCAUGACAGAGCUGCUGGAUAUGUUGAAUAAGCAAGAUACACACGACUCUUAUUAUGGCACAUUGUGUCGGACAUUGAAGAUAGAUUCUACUAGUAGUUCCGAAACUGUGAAGCUCGCUUACGAAGCCUUAAACGAGGAGGGUAAACUUAGAUGUUUGGAACACUUGCUUACCCAGCACCCGGUGAAACUUUUGGCCAGCGCCCGGUAUGAUAGAAUAGUUAAUGCAAACGGAGAGGAUGCGACUGAGGAGACAGACGGUGUUGAACUGUCCAUGGACAUGUCUGCUCCAGUUGAAGAUGGCGGAGAGGAAAUGUCGCAGAGAAGCGCUGAGAACUUGAAUGGCCAACAGGACGCCGAAGGAGGGUUAACUGAUGAAGGGAAGGGACUGAGUGGUGAAGAGGCCCAGGAGCCGAGCGAGACUUUAGCAAUUCAAAAGUACAAUCCUGAUAAGAGUAAGUUCGAGCCUGUGCCAGGCGAACCAGUACGAAGUGCAGUCAGACCAUUUAAUUAUUCUGAUUUUGUAGAAGAGAUUGCCACUAUACACAACAUUCUCCAUGGUCAAGAUACGAGUACAGAAUGGAUUCGUGAGGCAGUAAAUAGUACUUGACUAAGGAGGUUGAUAAGAGUAGUGUCUUGCCAGACCUCUUGUUAGCCAGACUAAGGUGAUAACAAGACGAAAGAGAGAAUUUUGCAAUGGAAGCCUGGAAGGUAGUGCUGAGUCUGAGAUUAACUGUAUCCGGAGUAACAUACCGUGCGUUGGACGAUAAAUCUUGGCAAGUCUGUUAGCUAUCAAGAUUCGGAUGGAUUAAACGACAUACUUACGGCGUCAUCGAUUCUCCUCUCCAUUCGAUUUGCUAUCUGUACCCCACGUGGAUACUGGGCAAAGUCACGUCAUUCAGAAGAACUAGGUCUUAUGGGUCAACAAUCACAUAUCAGUUCCUCUUACGUUUUCGUGAUGCCGAAUAUAAUUGACUGGACUGGUAGUGACGAUGUGUCACGGCCUUCAUGUAGCAAGUCUUAAAUGCAAGUACCUCGCUCACUCUCUUUUCGAAGUCCCUUUACAAUAAUACUGAUUGUGUCUCAACAAAGAUAUCAAUCAAACGCCCGUGUGUCUACACGGCACGGGCUUUUGAUUCACAUCCAAGUUUAUUAUUAUAUUAAUAUACAUGUCCUGCUGGUUGAUACAGAACUUAUCAGCAAGCUCCAAAUCAUCUUUAUUCAACAUCUUUUUCAAGUCUUUACGGAUUAGAUUGUCGUGUGCUUGUGAUAUAUAUCCUGUGUGUUCUGGU